CACAAACAUUGCGAAAUGAACUUAGCUGGACCAGCUGCUGUAGCAGUUUAAAAUCGGCUAGCGUGACUUGAACAGAAUCACUCCUUUGACUCAAGCAACAAAGAUUUUUUUCGGUGGGGAUUUUCUCGCUGUUGGGAGGUUUAGCAUAAUUUGAAGAUCAACUUGUCAUAUUUGUUUCAACGAUCAACUUGACAUAUUUAACCAGCUGUCAACAUGGGUGUGCAGGGUUGUUGUAACAAGUUCAUGAAAUUUUUCCUGGCUUUUCUUAACUUCCUUGUUCUGGCCGCUGGAGCGAUUGCCAUUGGUCUUGGCGCAUGGGCACUCGCAUCUGAAUAUGGAGCAGAAGAAAUGAAGGCAGUAACUGGUAGCGGCCUCUACAAAGGGGGCUGUAUCGUGUUAAUUGUGGGCGGUUCAAUUAUCGUGGUGCUCGCCCUUCUUGGAUUCCUAGGUGCCGUUCUAGAAAACAGAGUACUGUUGGGAAUUUACUUUGUGAUUAUGAUCUUGAUCUUGAUUCUGUUUGUUGUUGGUGCUUCUCUUGGAUUUUUUUUCAGAGACACGCUGGAGGAGAAGAUAGGGAAGGCGAUGGAGGAAACACUGAUAAAACAGUACAGCGUCAGCUACUCAACCAAUGAUGAAAACAAACUGGUUACUGAUGUGUGGGACAAACUGCAGAAGGAGCUGAAGUGCUGUGGUGUAAGUGGUGGGCUAAACAGCAGCACAUCGUGGUUCCUGUAUCAGAAAACCGAAUGGUUCAUGAACAGCAACAAAACUGUGUAUGUGCCUGCCAGCUGCUGCAAUCCAAAUAUUAAUAAGGUUAAUUUGGAUCAAUGUCAAAAGCUAAAUACUGACACUAAUAGUUUUAAACCAAUUAAAACUGAUCUCUCGUUGGUUAGAACAGAGAAUGAUGCUUUGUAUUCCACUGGAUGCCUUGAUUCUCUCAUUGAUAAACUAAAGCCCCACAUCCUGGCCAUUGCUGGUAUUGCUUUAGCUGUGAUUAUUGUUAUGUUUUUGGCCAUCAUCUUCUCCGUGUGUAUCUGUAUGGAAAUUGGCAGAAACAAGCACAAAGUGUAACAUCUUAUGUAAAACAAUCUUUGUUGAAAUAUUUUGUAAGAUAAAAACCAAGUUUAAAAAAGCCUAUAUUAAAAAAUAUUACCCUUAUCCCCAAGCAAUUAAUGAAAUUAAAAUAACAUGAAAUAUU